UGAUCAGACGUGACAGUUAGCUAUAUUCUGAGGAUUUCGCAAGAUUGACGAGGGCCAAAACUCAAGGUUCAACCCCAGCAGGUGAUUAGUUGGGUUGAAGCUGUGCUGGAGGAAAGAGUUUGUUUCAGCUCAAGGAGAAACUGAACAUAACAGAAAAUGGGGGAUUUAGGAUUCCUUUCAAAGCUGCUGGAAGAAGUCAAUAACCACUCCACAGUCAUUGGAAAAGUAUGGAUGACCGUCCUAUUUUUGUUCCGAAUCAUGGUUCUGGGUGCCGGGGCAGAAAAAGUGUGGGAUGAUGAACAUUCUAAUUUAGUGUGCAACACGCAGCAACCUGGUUGCGAGCAGGUGUGCUACGACUGGCAGUUCCCCAUCUCCCACAUUCGGUUCUGGGUGUUGCAGAUCAUCUUCGUCUCCACGCCAACCCUGAUGUACCUCGGCCACGCCAUGCACAUCAUCUCCAAGGAGAACAAGCUACGCGAGCGGAUCCAGAGGCACGAAGAGAACGUGAAGUCGCCCAAGUACACCGACGACAAAGGCCAUGUGAGGAUCAAGGGCCAGCUCCUCGGCAGCUACCUGACGCAGCUCUUCUGCAAGAUCCUCCUGGAGAUCGGCUUCAUUGUGGGCCAGUACUACCUCUACGGCUUCGUCAUGGUGCCCAUGUUCUCCUGCUCCCAGUCGCCCUGCCCCUUCACAGUGGCCUGCUACAUGUCGCGACCCACCGAGAAGACCAUCUUCAUCAUCUUCAUGCUGGCCGUGGCCUGCGUAUCCCUGGUGCUCAGUGUGGUCGAGCUUUUCUUCCUCCUCUGUUCUAGGGUGCGAUGCGGCCGUGGUGGUGGUCGCCACCGCCACGGUCUCGGCACCACCGCACCACCACACUCCGGCCCACCAAGCUGGACCCCCCGCAUGGAGCUGGACACCGUGGCCCAGAACCAGCUCAACACGUUGCACGGUGAACGCCAGAGCCUGGGCGGCAGUCUGGACGGCGCCAAGGAUGAUAGGCUGCUAGGGGGUCACUGAAGCUGAUAUGACCGUCACAGUUCCAUGUUUUGUGUUUGAUUGUCCUGAAAAGUCACAUAUAUAGGAGAUAUUCGUCACAAGGCAGUGUCUGGGAAGUUUUAACCUGUUCAUGUUUCAGGAGAGAGGUUAUUUUGUAUCUUUGCAUCUUGUCUCCAUGAUAUUGGUGAGAUAGUGGGUGUGAGGGUAUGAUUGUUGAUCUUGUGUUAACAAAACCUUGUUGUGUUGAUUACGUGCUGCCUGUUGUAAAUCAAUUUUUAAGUUAUUGAACUGUCAUGUGUAAGGUAACAUUUUUGCACAGCAUUUGUAUAUAAGUCAGAAAAAGGUAUAUGUAGAACAUUAUAUUUAGAUAAGCAUUGUUUUGGGACAGAUUACGUAUUUAUCAUGCAAAUACUGUAAAAAAAAAUGACUGUGUAAGUUUCUAUAUCUUGUGGAUCUUUGACACUGUUUUCAAUAAAAAAAUAAUUUCAAAUCUGA